ACACUGCGUACUUCACGGAAGGUUGCAGCCAAGAGAGAGGGGUUUCCUUAAGUCGGCAUUGAAAGUACUGCUAUAUCCGUGGCUACAGAUAUAGGUAGGAUUAGCGGGCGGUAUAUGGCGCCCUCCUCCUGGUCUCGCCUAUCCCGGCUUACUACCGAUUUCCUUAUACAACACUGGCCACUUUUGUGAGUUCAGCGAUGAUCUUGCACGCCCUCCUGAAAGCUCUCCUCGAGCUUCUCCUCGUUCAAAAUGUCUUUGCCACAGGCAUCCGAAGCAUAUUCUUGUUUAAGGACGUAAUGAAGUCCAACACCACGGCACUCAAAACCUCCGGCUUCAACACGCUCAUCAUCUUCGGCGUCGGCAUCCUCGACAACGGCGACAUCAUGUACUACUCCAACACGCCAGGCAGCAAGGACGUCCUGGUGGCAUCCAACGGCACCUACGUCGGCGGCGACGCACUCGCCGAGAAGGUCCGCUCCUUCAAGAAGAACACAACCAGCGUCCAACGGGUCGAGAUCUCCAUGAACGCGCAGCAUGUCCGGAAUCUGAUAACCAACCCCGGUCCCGGCCCGGACACGCGCUUAUACCGCAACUUUGCCGCGCUCAAAACAGCCUGGACCCUCGACGCAGUCAACAACGACGACGAGUCGCUCUACGACGUGGCCAGCACCGUGGCCUUCGCCAAGAUGCUCGGCCAGGUCGGGUACAAGUACACCAUCGCGCCCUACACCAACACCCGCUUCUGGGCCGCCGUCAAGCAGCAGCUCAACCUCAACAACAACAGCGAGCCGGACGACGACGACGACGACGUUGACUGGCUGCUGCUAGACAGGGUGUAUCUGCAGUGCUACGACGGCGGCGCGUACAACGAUCCCGGCAGCUGGCAGGGCUCGCUCGGCAUGAAGGUCGUGCCGCUCCUGUGGGUUGUGAACGACGCGAAGCCGUCGUAUGGCAUGACCGCCGCGCAGGCGCGGCAGAGGUUUGAGGGCUGGAAUAAGCGGUAUGCGCUCGCUGGGGGCGGGUACUGGAAUGACUAUGAUAUUGAGAAGAUGGGCUUGUCGUAUCGGGAGUAUGGGGAUGUUUUGAGGAGUGUGUUUCCGUGAUGUUGAUGGGUCUGGAUGAGGCUAUUCCCAGAAGCAGUGUUCAGUAAGGUACCUUAUUCGAGUCUCUUUAAUAACUG